AUGGCUUCCAAGAAUGGGAUCGACCGUCGAGAUGAAGACGAGGUCUGUCCCGUCUGCAAAUCCUCGCGGUACCUCAACCCGAAUAUGCGAUUCCUCAUUAAUCCCGAGUGUUACCACAAGAUGUGCGAGUCGUGUGUCGACCGGAUCUUCUCGUCAGGUCCAUCAAGCUGCCCCGUUGCUGGAUGUCGGAAGACUUUGCGUAAGAACAAGUUCCGCGCACAGACGUUUGAGGACAUCGGAGUCGAGCGUGAGGUGGAUAUUCGGCGGCGCGUGAUGCAUAUUCUGAACCGCCGCGAAGAAGAAUUCGAUUCCAAACGUGCCUAUGAUGAUUUUCUCGAACAACGCGAAGAAAUUAUCGCCAACCUUGUCUCCCGCAUCGACGUGGCAAAGACCGAAGCUCAGCUACAAAAGUAUGCAACCGACAACAUGCAGUCUAUCCGUACAAAUCUAGCGCUGGAGGAGCAAGAGGCCUCCUCCUUCCAGGCCCGGAUGACACAAGAACAAGAGGAGGCACGACUACGACGAAUGGCUGCCCGCGAAGAAUACGAGAACGAGCGACGCGAGUUGCAAGCUUCUCGAGAAGACUUCCUGACCCGCCUGGCCUCCGGGUCUUCCGUUGACGCAGCCGCCAUCGCUCGCGAGGGACACAAGGUGCAUCUUAAAAAGUCGUCAGCGCGGCGCACCGAGGAGGAACGACUUCGGCAAAAACAAGCCGCACUUCGCGGGACUGAGACCAAGCGUACCGGUAUGCCACUCGCCACGGCCGAUACUGCUGGAUCAGCCGCAGAUGUUGGGCUCAUCAAGGGCUUGCGCAAAAUCAAGGCCCCCGAGCCAGAGAAGCCAUACGACCCAUUUAUGGGACUCGUACCGGGGAAGCGCGAUUACUAUACUCAGAAAGAGUCUUACCCCUCCACGUUCCUGGACUCACUUCGCACAAAUGCUUCAGUGUUGGCCGGAGGCUACGAUCUGCGCGAGUAUUACUCACGUACGUUACUUGAAGCGUUCGCUGGUCUGGGGUGUUUUGUUGGAGAAGAGGUUUCGCAGCGCGAAGCUACUUCUGCUCUUGGCCACUCGAACACCGCUGCAAUGGAGGGUGCCGCCAUGGCUGCGGCCGGAGAAAGCACGGCAUGA